CAGCGUCCUGGGCCCAACGAGCGGGAGGACGGCGUUUCGAGGUCGUCCUCAGUGCAGUCCCUGCUGUUGCUUCUCAGAGGCCUAGAAGGUGGUCGCGUGGUUCCGGGUCCGGAAUGCAGGCCCGUGGUGGCGUGGGGAGCGUCCCCGUUUCUGGGGUGCGCGGCGUUGGGGUAUGAAAUAGGGCUUAUAGGGUCCCGGAACCCCUCACAGGUGAGAGGAGCGACUGUAGUCCUCCUCGUGGCUUCCAGCCGUGUUCUUUCCCGGGCCUGCGACCUUGAACAAGUCCCGUUACUGUCCUUGUCCUUCAUUUUUGCGCGCGGAAAGUAGAAAUAUUUACUCUUUCCCCCCCUGGGUUGAGGAAGCUUGAACGGCUCCCUAGGUGAUGUGUGUGUGUCCGUCCCAGGGACGUCGAUCAGGAUGUAGCUUCCGGAGAUGCUCCCUGGGCCUGUGCUAGGUUUGGAGACUCAACCCCAGCAGUAGUCUGAUCCUCUGGCCUCCUUGGCCUCCUGUCUCUACAAAACGAAGGGCAGCGGCUGAAAGAGAUGGUGACCUUCAAGGAUGUGGCCGUGACCUUUACCCGGGAGGAGUGGAGACAGCUGGACCUGGCCCAGAGGACCCUGUACCGAGAGGUGAUGCUAGAGACCUGUGGGCUCCUGGUUUCACUAGGGCAUCGGGUUCCCAAACCAGAGUUGGUCCACCUGCUAGAGCAUGGGCAGGAGCUGUGGACAGUGAAGAGAGGCCUCUCACACCUCACCUGUGCAGGUGACAGAGCACAAGUUCAUACCAGAGAGCCAACCACUUACCCGCCAGUCUUAUCUGAGCAGGCCUUUCUCCAGGGAAGCCUGACUCUGGAAUCUUCAACUUCAAGUGAUUCGAGGUUGGGGAGAUCUAGGGAUAAGGAAGGGCUUUUGGAAAUGCAGAAAGAUAAAGUGACACCAGAGACAGACCUCCACAAGGAGACCCAUCUUGGGAAAGUGAGCCUUGAAGGUGAAGGUUUGGGGACAGAUGAUGGUCUGCACUCCAGGGCUUUACAAGAGUGGUUAUCAGCAGAUGUUCUCCAUGAAUGUGACACACAGCAACCAGGGAAAGAUGCCUUGAUUCAUGCAGGGACAAACCCCUACAAAUGCAAGCAAUGUGGGAAAGGUUUUAACAGGAAAUGGUAUCUCGUUCGACAUCAGAGGGUUCACACUGGAAUGAAACCCUAUGAAUGCAAUGCGUGUGGGAAAGCCUUUAGCCAGAGCUCAACUCUCAUUCGGCACUACCUCAUCCACACCGGGGAGAAACCAUACAAGUGCCUUGAGUGUGGGAAGGCCUUCAAACGCAGGUCGUACCUCAUGCAGCACCAUCCAAUCCACAGUGGAGAGAAACCCUACGAGUGCAGUCAAUGUCGAAAGGCCUUCACCCACCGGUCUACUUUUAUCCGCCAUAAUAGGACCCACACUGGAGAAAAACCCUUUGAGUGCAAAGAAUGUGAGAAAGCCUUUAGCAAUAGAGCCCACCUAAUUCAACACUACAUCAUCCACACUGGAGAGAAGCCCUAUGAUUGCAUGGCAUGUGGAAAGGCCUUCAGAUGCAGCUCAGAACUGAUACAGCACCAGCGGAUUCACACUGGGGAGAAGCCCUAUGAAUGCACCCAGUGUGGGAAAGCCUUUCACCGGAGCACAUACCUCAUUCAACACUCUGUCAUCCACACUGGGGAGAUGCCCUACAAGUGUAUCGAGUGUGGGAAGGCCUUCAAACGCAGGUCACACCUUCUGCAGCACCAAAGGGUCCAUACAUGAGAGAACCCUAUUGUUGCAAUGAGUACAGCAAGGCCUUCACCCACUGUUCUUAUUUUAUCAUUCAUAAUGGGACCCACACUGGAGGAAGAUGCCCUUCGAGUGCAAAGAAUGUCAGGAAACUUUUCAUUUUUUUUUGUCAGCUCUUUCUUAACACAUGAGCAGUCACUUUGGAGAGAAGCCCUGUGAAUACAGUGAAUGUAACGAUCCCUUCAGUCACCACCCAGUUCUCACUCAUUGCAGAAGGAUUCAUACCAGAGGGAAAUGUGGAAGCCGUUCCAUCAACAUCAGAGAACUCAUGCUGGAGAAAGACAUUCCAAAUAUAACUAUUAAGGACAGUCUUUGGCCAGAGGAAAAAUCUUACUAUCUGAGAAUCAUAAUGAAAAGUUACUACAUAAUUGUCAUUGACGUGAGAAAACUUUCUGUGACCAGAUCGUCACUUACUUGUCCUAUAAAGAGCCAUGCUGGAAUUUGACCCACCUUGGGAUUUUCUCUAUGAACUUAUGAAAACCUUCAGUCACAGGUAUCUUCUUGCUUUAUGUCCUUACAGACUUCCCUUCAGUUUUAUUUUUUGGUAGGGGAAUGUUUGAGAUGUAAAGGAGUUUUAUUACUUUUUUUUUUUUUACAUACAUUCACUGCCAUCUUUUGUCAGAGUUGGACAGUGAGGGCAGCUCUUCAGACAUUUCUUGGAAGCUGCCUUUGAUCCUGACAUCUCUGGGAGGAUAUCCGUGAGGAGAGUAAUUCUUUGUGAGAAAUAUGAAGGCUUGUGUCAUGAGAUUCUUGAAUUUACAAGAAAUUAGAAUACUGAGAAUGUCUUCAUGUGACACUUUUUUAUAUCUAGGGUGAGAAAAACCCAUGUAUGGAUUGCCACAUUAAAAUGUGCACCGCAUUAAAAUGUGCACUACAUAAGACUGUUUAAGGCUUUGAUUUUUAUUAAUAAACUCAUUUUUUAAGAGACAGAGACUUGCUCUGUCACCCAGGCUAGAGUGCAGUGGCAUGAUCAUAGCUCCCUGUAAUCUCAAACUCCUGGGCUCAAAUGGUCCUCUUGCCUCAAGUUUUUGAGUAGAUUGGGAUACAAGCAUGCAUCACUACACCUGGCUAAUUUUUGUAAUUUUAGUAGAGACAAGGUUUUACCAUGUUGGCUGCGCUGGUCUGGAACUCCUGGCUUCAAGUGAUCCACCUGCCUUGGCCUCCCAAAGUGCUGGGAUUCCAGGUGUGAGUCACCGCACCCAGCCUUAAAUUUUUUUGUAUAGAUGAGGUCUUGCUGUGUUCCUCAGAUUUGUCUCAAACUGCUAGACUCAUCAUCCUGCCUCAGUCUCCUAAAGUGUUGGGAUUACAGGUGUGAGCCACCACACCUAGCUUAAUAUGGUUUCAAACGCUCAGCACUCUCACAUUUUCCUGAUUCCAUUCUAUUUGUUUGUUGUCUUUAUUUUAUCUGGCAACAUAGUGAUCACUUUGUACUUGCUUGGCCCUCUCAGGUGAGUCCUAAUUCUUUCUGGUGUUUAUCAGGUUCUUUAAUCCUGUGUAGAGGGGUAUUUUUAGGUCCCCCUCAGCAUUUUUCUAGGGAUUGAAUUAUAGCUAAAACAGGCAAAAUGAAACACACAACUAAGAUGAAUCCAUGGUAAACCCAGUAAACCCAAGAAAACAACAUGGAAAGGAAUCUCAUUGUCUGAUCUUGUAAACAUUUGCGUGAAGUUUUGCUGCAAAAUAAAGUGCCUAGCAUUUAACAGGUGAAUCAGGAUAUAUGUGUGCAGGUUUACGUGAGUUUCUUAGUUAACCACCAUGACCUUAGUCCCUUGGUGCUAGCAUUGAAUAUGGUAAUUAGUUUUGUUAUGUUUUGAGAUGGAGUCUCACUCUGUUGCAUAGGCUGGAGUGCAGGGGUGCGAUCUUGGCUCAUUGCAACCUCUGCCUCCCAGGUUCAGGCGAUUCUCCUGCCUCAGCCUCCCAAGAAGCUGGGAUUACAGGCGUGUAUCACCAUGCCCAGCUAAUUUUUGUAUUUUUAGUAGAGACAGGGUUUUGCCAUGUUGCUCAGGCUGGUCUUGAACUCCUGACCUCAGGUGAUCCACCCACCUAAGCCUCCCAAAAAGCUGGGAUUACAGGUGUGAGCCACUGUACUUAGCCUGAAUAUGGUAAUUUAAAAUUUCUUUUGUGAGAUUUUCUUUUAGUUUUCAAGCUACAUGAGAUAAUGUUAGGUUAAAACAUGUAUUGUGUGAAAAAUAGAAAACUAUCAUUUUAUCAGUUUGAGCUUUCCUCACAACCUUUUAAAGCACUGCAUAUAUAUUUCAUGUUUUCAUAGUGGACAUGUACCUUUUACUGUGGUCCUUUUGCACGUAUUAUAAAUACAAUUCUUGGUGAGUUAAGAGUUCUCUGUUUUUGUUUUUUUCAGGACAGAGUGUAGUUUCCUGUGGGAAGGAGAGUUGACUCUUGAGGACCCCCACCCUCCUGCAUCCUUUCUCCGGAAGCCUGCAUGUAUUGUAGCUGUGGCUGUACUAAGGCCCUGGGUUCAAGAGAGCUGGAGAAAUCCCUCUAGAAACAUACUGGCUGUCAUCAAAGGGUACUUUCCAGGCCUGAGGACCUAGGCCCCAGUUUGUCCCAAAGCAGGAGUGAUGUUUUCCAUGGGAUAAAGGACACCCUAGGGUUUUUCUUAGCUUCCAGCUCUUUCCAUAGUUUUAAGUGUUUGGUACAAGGAUCUACUAUGAACUUGCUGCUGUGAUAGGCAGGAAUCUCAUGAGACACCUGUCAUUUAGCUUCAUGGCCACUCACUGUUGUGGUCAUACUUGGAAGAGUGGGAUGCAGUGGAUGGCUGGGCUAUGGGUCCUGCCCUUGAGCAGGGAAGGAACUUACUGUCUAGUAUAGGAAAAACACAUGAGAACAGGUGCAAUAUAUUGACCUAAACUUGUUUAGCACCCAUUUUUAAGUCAGUAAAAGUUUUGAACUUACAGUAAAAGUUGUGAACUUCUGUUGUUUUCCACAAAUAGUUUACAAUUGAGGUAAAACAUGUUUUGUUUUUGUUUUGUUUUUGAGAUGGAGUUUCACUCUUGUUGCCCAGGCUGGAGUGCAGUGGCGCCAUCUGAGCUCACUGCAACCUCUGCCUCCCAAGUUCAAGGGAUUCUCCUGCCUCAGCCUCUCGAGUAGCUGGGAUUAUAGGCGCCCACCACCAUGCCCGGCUAGUUUUUUUGUAUUUUUAGUAGAGAUGGGGUUUCACCAUGUUGGCCAAGCUGGUCUUGAAUUCCUGACGUCAGUCCACCCGCCUCGGCCUCCCAAAGUGCUGCAAUUACAGGCUUGAGCCACCACGCCUGGCAGAGGUAAAACUUGUUUCAUGUUCAUGUUUGUUAGUGUAACUUUGUUAUAUUUAAUGAACAAAUUAGAUAAAAAGCACUAUGCUCUUAUGGUGCUUAAUCUGUGAGAAAUGAUUGUGGGGGUGGGACUAGUUAUGACCAUUCACAGUUGGUGCACUUCAAUUAGUAAAUCUCACAGAGGAAAUGUGGACAGUAAAUUAACUCAGCAAGUCGGUCAUGCAAAGACGAAUUAGAAAUCUUAAUGUUUGUAAGUAGAAAUGUGUCUGGAUGGAUCCUCACCCAGUUAAAUGGUAUUUGUUCCUUGGGUGUAGAGGGAGGGAAGGGAUGGGGCAGAGGGGAGUGUCAGAGUGAACAUUCACUUUAACUUCAUGUACAUGUGGAAAUGUUUGAAAUGUUCACAGUAAAUUUUAUAAUUUCAGAAGAACCGUUUAAGGUUGAAAAGAGAAAUUUAAGAAAUUGCUGAUGGAAUAAAAACAUAAUAGAACUAGAACAUUGAAGGAAAUUAAAGAAGCAGGAAGGAAAGCACCAAAAGUGAUUUGGAAGAGAAAUUCUAAAAUGAAUGUGAACAACAGAGUGAUCAGAAGAGUGCAGGGAAUUAAUAGUUUCUUUAAACAAGCCAUUUCACAAUGGAAGCCUGUUUAUCUUGAAAUUGCUGUGGUUAUUAUUCACUCUGCCCUUUGAAGAACUGCAGAGAUUCAUAGGACAAUGUUAAGUGUUUGUGUCUCCAAAACAGAUGUUGGAGUCGUUACCCUCAGAACCUCAGGUAAUAUGUUAGUUAAUCCAUUAGGGUAGUUCCUAAUUGACUAUGACUGUGUCCUUAUAAAAAUGGGAAAUUUGGUCACAGAGGCAGAUGUACAGAGGGAAGAUGAUGUGAGGACACAGGAAGAACAUCUUCAAGCCAAGGAACACAUGGGGCCACCAGAAGCCGGGAGAGAAGCAUGGAACACGUGUUCUAGUAAGAAGUGUCUGGGUUGUUUUGGUUUUUCUUUGGGGUUUUUGUGGUAUUAAAUUAUUUUUAAAUUAUGUUUUAUUGAAUCGUAGACCUCAAUUUUUUUUUGUCUUUUUCAAACUACAACAAAAUAUUGUAUUUCUAUCCUAUAUUUCAUGGGCUUACCUCUAGCCAAUUGUUUUUAACUGCCAUGUAAUAUUUUACAUCAUGAAGCUUUCAUCCUUGAUUCAAAUCCUCUGAUUAUGGACAUGUAUUUCCUUCAUUUUCCUGCUAUGAAAUAUAUCACCACCAGCUUGAUUCAACCUUAAGAAUAAGGUCAUCAGUAUUAUGUUCUAAACUUAUGGACAUACAUGAGAAAUGUACCUUGCAGCUGAAUGGCUAGGUCAUACGGUGAUCUAGUAUGUAACUGGAAUUAUGUUAUACAUUGCCCUUUCCUCUCCCAUAACAUGGACAAAACUGUUUCUGUAUCACUGUGUCCCAGACAAUAUUUAGAAUUACCCAGCUUUCCAGUUUUUCUUAAUUAUUUCAUAAGUUUAAAGUCAUAUAGAGCUUCCUCCCUUCCUUCCUUCCUUCCUCCCUCCCUUCCUCCCUCCCUCUCUCCCUCUCUCUCUCUUUCUCUCUUUCUUUCUUUUCCAGGCUGGACUACACGCUGCUGGCUGCAGACUCCCUGCGUCCGGCUCCCAGCACUCCCCGGCAAUCCCUGCCCAGGCCUGCGGGCUGCCAGGGAUUGCCGCUGCAUGCCACCACCCCUCCCUGGUUUUUCUCCUUUGCCUGGAGGCGCGGUUUCGCCAUGUCGGCCAGGCUGGGCUCCAGCUCCUGACCUCGAGUGCUCUGCCUGCCUCGGCCUCCCUAGGUGCUGGGACUGCAGACGGAGGCUCGCUCACUCGGUGCUCAGUGUUGCCCGGGCUGGAGUGCGGUGGCAUGGUCUUGGCUCGCUGCAGCCUCCGCCUCCCAGCCGCCUGCCUUGGCCUCCCAGGGUGCUGGGAUUACAGCCUCUGCCCGGCCACCGCCCUGUCUGGGAGCUGGGGAGCAUCUCUUCCUGGCCGCCCAUCCUCUGGGUUAUGAGGAGCUCCUCUGCCCGGCUGCCUCGUCUGGGAGGUGAGGAGCGCCUCUGCCCAGCCGCCACCUCGUCUAGGAAGUCAGGAACAUCUCUGCCCGGCCGCCCAUUGUCUGGGAUGUGAGGAGCGACUCUGCCCGGCCGCCGCCCCAUCUGGGAAGUGAGGAGCGCCUCUGCCCAGCCGCCCCUCCUGGGAAGUGAGCGCCUCUGCCCAGCCGCCCCUUCUGGGAAGUGAGGAGUGCCUCUGCCCGGCUGCCCCGUCUCGGAAGUGAGCGCCUCUGCCCGGCCGCCCCGUCUAGGAAGUGAGGAGCGUCUCUGCCCGGCCGCCCCGUCUGGGAAGAAGUGAGGAGCGCCUCUGCCCAGCUGCCCCGUCUGGGAAGUGAGGAGCGCCUCUGCCCGGCCGCUCCGCCUGGGAUGUGAGGAGCGCCUCUGCCCGGCCGCCCCUUCUGGGAUGUGAGGAGCGCCUCUGCCCGGCCACCCAUUGGGAUGUGAGGAGUGCCUCUGCGCGGCCGCCCCGUCUGGGAAGUGAGGAGCGCCUCUGCGCGGCCGCCCCGUCUGGGAAGUGAGGAGCGCCUCUGCCCGGCCGCCCCGUCUGGGAAGUCAGCGCCUCUGCGCGGCCGCCCCUUCCGGGAUGUGAAGAGCGCCUCUGCCCGGCCGCCCCGUCUGGGAAGUGAGGAGCGCCUCUGCCCGGCCGCCCCGUCUGGGAAGUGAGGAGCGCCUCUGCGCGGCCUCCCCGUCUGGGAAGUGAGGAGAGCCUCUGCGUGGCCUCCCCGUCUGGGAAGUGAGGAGCGCCUCUGCCCGGCCGCCCCGUCUGGGAAGUGAGCGCCUCUGCGCGGCCGCCCCGUCUGGGAAGUGAGGAGCGCCUCUGCCCGGCCGCCCCUUCUGGGAUGUGAGGAGCGCCUCUGCCCGGCCGCCCCGUCUGGGAAGUGAGGAGCGCCUCUGCGCGGCCGCCCCGUCUGGGAAAUGAGGAGCGCCUCUGCCCGGCCGCCCCGUCUGGGAAGUGAGGAGCGCCUCUGCCCGGCCACCCAUUGUCUGGAAUGUGAGGAGCGCUUCUCCCUGGCUGCCCCGUCUGGGAAGUGAGGAGCCCCUCUGCCCGGCCGCCACCCCGUCUAGGAAGUGAGAAGCGUCUCUGCCCAGCCGCCCCGUCUGGGAAGAAGUGAGGAGCGCCUCUGCGCGGCCUCCCCGUCUGGGAAGUGAGGAGCGCCUCGGCCUGGCCGCCCCGUCUGGGAAGUGAGGAGCGCCUCUGCGCGGCUGCCCCGUCUGGGAAGUGAGGAGCGCCUCUGCCCGGCCGCCACCCCGUCUAGGAAGUGAGAAGCGUCUCUGCCCGGCCGCCCCGUCUGGGAAGAAGUGAGAAGCGCCUCUGCCCGACCACCCAUCGUCUGGGAUGUGAGGAGCGCCGCUACCCGGCCGCCCCGUCUGGGAAGUGAGGAGCGCCUCUGCCCGGACGCCCCGUCUGGGAAGUGAGGAGCGCCUCUGCGCGGCCGCCCCGUCUGGAAAGUGAGGAGCGCCUCUGCCUGGCCACCCAUUGUCUGGGAUGUGAGGAGCGCUUCUGCCCGGCCGCCCCGUCUGGGAAGUGAGGAGCGCCUCUGCCCGGCCACCCAUUGCCUGGGAUGUGAGGAGCGCUUCUGCCCGGCUGCCCCAUCUGGGAAGUGAGGAGCCCCUGUGCCCGGCCGCCACCCCGUCUAGGAAGUGAGGAGCGUCUCUGCCCGGCCGCCCCAUCUGGGAAGAAGUGAGGAGCGCCUCUGCCCGGCCACCCAUCGUCUGGGAUGUGAGGAGCGCUUCUGCCCAGCCGCCCCGUCUGGGAAGUGAGGAGCGCCUCUGCGCGGCCUCCCCGUCUGGGAAGUGAGGAGAGCCUCUGCGCGGCCUCCCCGUCUGGGAAGUGAGGAGCGCCUCUGCCCGGCCGCCCCGUCUGGGAAGUGAGGAGCACCUCUGCGCGGCCGCCCCGUCUGGGAAGUGAGGAGCGCCUCUGCGCCGCCACCCCGUCUGGGAAGUGAGGAGCGCCUCUGCCCGGCCACCCAUUGUCUGGGAUGUGAGGAGCGCUUCUGCCCGGCUGCCCCGUCUGGGAAGUGAGGAGCGCCUCUGCGCGGCUGCCCCGUCUGGGAAGUGAGGAGCGCCUCUGCCCAGCCACCACCCCGUCUAGGAAGUGAGAAGCGUCUCUGCCCGGCCGUCCCGUCUGGGAAGAAGUGAGAAGCGCCUCUGCCCGGCCACGCAUCGUCUGGGAUGUGAGGAGCGCCUCUGCCCAACCGCCCCGUCUGGGAAGUGAGGAGCGCCUCUGCGCGGCCACCCCGUCUGGGAAGUGAGGAGCGCCUCUGCGCGGCCUCCCCGUCUGGGAAGUGAGGAGCGCCUCUGCGCGGCCGCCCCGUCUGGGAAGUGAGGAGCGCCUCUGCGUGGCCGCCCCGUCUGGGAAGUGAGGAGAGCCUCUGCCCGGCCGCCCCGUCUGGGAAGUGAGGGGUGCCUCUGCCCGGCCACCCCUUCUGGGGUGUGAGGGGCGCCUCUGCUCUGCCGCCCCUUCUGGGAUGUGAGGGGCGCCUCUGCCCGGCCGCCCUGUCUGGGAAGUGAGGGGCGCCUCUGCCCGGCCGCCCCUUCUGGGAUGUGAGGAGCACCUCUGCCUGGCUGCCCCGUCUGGGAUAUGGAGAGCGCCUCUGCCCAGCCGCCCCAUCUGGGAGGUCUACCACAGAGGCCAGAAGCAAUGUGGGAGCUGGACGUGGUGGCUCACGCCUGUAGUCCCAGUACUCUGGGAGGCCGAGGCGGGUUGAUCACUUUAGGCUAGGAGUUCGAGACCAGCCUGGCCAACAUGGCGAAACAUAUGAAAAAUGCAACUGACAAACCAACCAAGCGACAACAAAACAGGUCUACCCUGGAGUCAUACUCUUAAUUUUUUCUAUUUUCCUCCCUUUCUGAUCCUUUAUCCCACUUGCUUUUUCUUCCUCUUCCUUCUCCUUCUUCGUCAAAUAGAGGAUUGAGUUAUUAUCAUUGAUCCAUACGAAGUCCCUCUCUCAUUUAUUUUCUUUAAUUCCCAACCCCCAUUUCUAUUCCCUGUCCUCCCAUGUGCAACCUUCCUAAUAUGUUUGAUAUGCAUUUUUGUUUGUAUGUACUUUUAGAAAAUGUUUAUUGUUUUGUGUGCAAAAAUAAACUAAAAAUUAAAAAAAACAAAGUGAUAUAGAAUAUAUCUGGUAUUUCUCAGAUUGAAAUACAUUUAAACAUUAGUUCA